AUGGCGUGGGCGUCGACGCCCAAGGUCGUCCUGGGAUGCUUCGCCUUCGGCGUCUUCUGGAUUAUGGCGGUGGUGCCCGUGGUGCCGUUCUUGCCGAUCGGGAGGACUGCCGGGUCGCUGCUCGGCGCUUGCCUCAUGGUCGUCUUCCAGGUUCUCUCGCCGGCCGAGGCAUUCGCGGCCGUGGAUCUGCCGAUUCUGGGGCUCCUCUUCGGCACCAUGGUCGUAAGCGUCUAUCUGGAGAGGGCCGACGCGUUCAAGUACCUGGGCCACGCCCUCUCGUGGCGGAGCCUCGGCGGCAAGGAUCUGCUAUGUCGGCUUUGCCUCCUCUCGGCGCUGUGUAGCGCGCUCUUCACCAAUGACACCACCUGUGUCGUGCUCACGCAGUUUGUUCUCGAGGUAUGCAGAGAAAAGAAGCUCCCCCCUCAGCCCUAUCUGAUUGCUCUUGCUUCCAGUGCCAACAUUGGCUCCGCGGCCACCCCGAUCGGCAAUCCACAGAACUUGGUGAUCGCCGUGGAGAGCAAGAUCGCGUUUGGCAAGUUUUUGGGUGGGGUGGUGCCGGCCAUGGUCCUGGGACUCAUUGCAAACACGCUGCUCUUGCUGGCUUACUACUGGAAGAAGCUGCGAGGUGUGGACGAGGACGCUGAGAGUAGUGACAUCUCGAUCAAACUAGAGCAGCAGCGGCCGGAGACGGAGCUGCUCAAUUCUGGAUUGAGCUUCACUCAAGAACAACGAAGCCAGCAGCAAGAUCAUCGACAAGAACCAAAACAGCAGGACAGUUCUUACCAAACUCCAGACCUGGAAGGACAAGCAGCUGAUACACCCGACCUUGGAAAGAGUGUAGCAGCAUCUACUAGCACACCCGACGGACAAUUGAGGCAAGAAGCUGGAGCUCCUCCGCUGCCUAGAUCAAGUUCGUCAUUCCGGAAGAAGGUCUGGAAGGUGUCCGUGUAUCUGGUGACGAUCGGCAUGCUGGUGGCGUUCCUUUACGGCUUGGAUCUCUCAUGGACGGCCAUCACCGCGGCGAUUGUUCUCAUGGUGUUGGACUUCACGGAUGCUAGUCCGAGCCUCGACCAGGUAUCAUACUCCCUGCUGGUAUUCUUCUCGGGGAUGUUUAUAGCAGUGCGUGGUUUCAACCGGACUGGCGCUCCUGGACAACUCUGGGACGCCGUCGAACCACACGCUCGCAUCAACACGGCUGCUGGAAUUGCAAUUCUGUCCGCGGUGGUAAUCCUCCUCUCCAACGUUGCAUCAAAUGUGCCUACAGUUCUUCUCUUGGGUGCUCGAGUAGCAGCCUCGGCCGCCGCAACCGAGGGAGCGAGCGUGAAGAAAGCGUGGCUGAUCCUCGCCUGGGUGAGCACCGUGGCUGGAAACUUGACGCUGGUUGGAUCGGCGGCCAACAUAAUCGUGAGCGAGCAGGCCAGCAGAAUGGAGGAGCAUCCAUACAAUCUCUCCUUCUGGAAUCACUUGAGAUUUGGAGCUCCUGCAACGUUCAUCGUCAUCGCUGUUGGCCUCCCACUCAUUCAAGGAUGAGAACUCGAUUGAUUGAUUAGACGAAUUUUCUUUUCGAUACAUCUGCAUCAUUCUUUAUCGUUU